AACUAGUAGUGAUUCAGCAAUUAGAUUGGUUGGGUAUCGUAAAUUCGUGGGGUCGACUUGCAGGACAGAUGUCUUACCUACCUACUAUUUCCUAUUGUGGCUACGUCAGUUGCAAUUCGCCCUGGUGCCGACACCUGAAGGGAGAACGCCUCCAGAUCAGCGUUUGACAAAGGAACCCCGCCAACAUCAUCACGCACUACGCAAUAAAAGAUGGGAUUGAACCCGCCUACAUCGGAACUCCUCAAUCACACUCACGCAACCCAUCGUGACAUCUAUCCGUCUGACUCGCAUACUCCAUUAACCCAAUUCCCCUGACCCAAAUCUCCAACGGCCAAAAUGCCCUACUUCUCCCGAAAUCCCUCCUUCAACCUCUUCUACCUAGACGAAGGCCCCCGUACGGCAUCCCACACAGUCCUCCUCAUCACAGGUCUCUCGUGCGAAAUGCACGACUGGUCCUGGCAGGUCCCCUUCCUCCUAUACCAUAACCUCCGCGUAAUCUCCAUUGACAGCCGCGGGCAGGGCAAAUCCUCCGCCCCGGCGCCGGACCCCAAAAUCCGCACCUGGCCCGGCGUCGAGAAAUCCGCCGACGCGGAGGUGAUAGACUACUACCCACAAUCCACAGCCGAAGACAUGCUCGCCAUGCUAUCACACCUAGGCAUCACCAAGAACCUCAUCGUCAUCUCGCAUUCCCUAGGUGAAGCGGCAGGGUACUACAUCGCCACCACUCGUCCGGACCUCGUGAUAGCAUCCAUCGGUGUAGACCCAAUUCACGCCUUCCCCAACGUCGUCCGCGAACGCGACACCUACCUCUUCGACGAUCCCGAAGCCCAGCACAAGAUCAUCCCGACUCUCAUCGAAUUCUUCGGCACAUACUGCUACUCCCCGGAAUGUCCAGCCUGGCAAAAGACGUGGCACCUCCGCCGCAUGGCACAGUUCGACAAGGCCGUCAUGUACGCCCUGUGCUGGGGCGGCUGGGGAGACGCGGAGAGCCUGGGCAGGCAAGAGAACGCAGUCAAGGCCUUUGCGGGAAAGCUCAAGUGCCCACGCCUAACACUGGGUUCGAACGAUUGGUAUGUUAGUACUGAUCGUGAUCAUCUGCCGAAGGGCGAUGAGGCGCUGGAUGAGAUUGUGGUGAUCGAGGGCAAGGGCCACUGGUUUCACCAGCUCGAGAGCGAGGAGUUUAAUGGGCAUUUAGAGAGGUGGUUUCAAAAGAUCGGCGUGCUGCCGGCGAUAGAAGCUGGCGCGGCGUCAUGAGUGCAAGGUCGUGUUCCAGCUUUCUAGUCAAGUGUGUUGGGUGGUUUGGAAGGGGCUCAGGUUCAAGUGCCGGCAGCACUCAUAGUGUACGGACUGUCGGCCGCGACGCGGACGGUAAAGGGUCCUUCACGGGAUGGUAUGGAACGCACCGUGACGGGGCUGUGAGAGGGGACUGCCGGCCCCAUUCUCGGCCCUGCUUCUGAUAACCUUAAACAACCUUGGUCUCGCCUUGAACACAGGCACAAACACAAUAAAGGGGUUCAGUUCCUCACGAGUCUGUGUCGCGCAUCCUGGAAUGUAGUUGACUAGUUGGUCUGCAAAUGAGUCGAACUCCCAUCCAUCGAGUUAUCCGGCAAUUGGGGUCUCGAACAUACAUGACUUGGAGUGGAAGUGAUAUCUGAUUAGCCCUGCCGACCGAAGCGGCGUUAGGGUUUCAUGGGAUGGUAGUCGAGUCCGUCGCCGAUGGAGGAUGGGGCCAGUAGCCGGCGCUGAAAACUGGUGACGGACUACUUGACAUCGGAAGCGCGAUAGAGUUGGGCGUGUAAGAGCCGCUCAUCGUGGGCAUCGCCGAGGUCCCACAGUUCCGGCCAGCAUUGCCGUCAAACGCCGGCACGCACUCACUGUCGCGGCGUCAAACAGCGGCAAAGGCGGGGAUGGAUCAUGGAGGAGGACUAGGCGGGCUUUCCAAUGUGAGUGAGGUGGCUGGAGCGUUGGCUGCGUUGUGUGUGUGAACGGACGACUGGGCAGCAAAACGGCAACCCGCCGGCGGCGGUGCAGUGGCCGUGAGAAUGCCGUCCGUCCAAUUGGAUGUGUCAUGUCGCAUGAAUAACUUGCCGACUAAGUCCGUCGGCGAUGAGGUCGGCCUGUGGCGGCCUUGUCUAGGAUCCCGUCGCAAACUCUGGACGAGUCUGCUGCCGUCCCUCUCCAUGGUUGCGUUGCGAGGAUCCGAGCUCUUCGCUUCUUGUGAUGUGCGUGCCGUCAAGGUCGAGGAAAGUUGGGGAAAUUCGUCUGUGCUGCUCCAUCCACGGGGAGAUCAUACUCAUGGGUAAGGGCGGAAGAAGAUGAGGGGUUUGACAUCAGACCCAAGCUCCUUUUCUGCUCUCUCACCCCUCUCGGAAUCCCAACGCAACGGCUCCCCCACCAUAGCUAUGAGGAAUCUUUGACGUCAGACUCUAUAGCUCAAAGCAGAGGUCCAGUAACGGCAUCGAUCGGAA